CUCCUCCUCCUCCCCCUCCUCCGCGGAGGCCUCCGGGCCGGCCCAGCGGGGCCGGGGGGGCACGACUCCCAGCAGCCUCCGCGGCAGCAAGACCCGCAGCCCCAGCGGGAGCCGGAGCCCGAGCGGGAGCCGGAGCAGGAGCAGGAGAAGGACCGGCCGCAGCCCCCGCACCUCUCCUCCUACGGCACCUUCGCCGGGGAAUUCUACGACCUGCGCUACCUCUCCGAGGACGGUUAUCCUUUCCCUACUGCUCCUCCCGUCGAUCCAUUUGCCAUCCGAGUCGACGACUGUGGAAAGACUAAGGGAUGCUUUAGGUAUGGCAAACCGGGAUGCAACGCGGAGACCUGUGAAUACUUCCUUAGCUAUCGGAUGAUCGGGGCUGAUGUGGAGUUUGAGCUGAGCGCUGAUACUGACGGUUGGGUGGCGGUAGGAUUUUCCUCAGACAAGAAAAUGGUAAGGGUGGGGAAUGAUGUCAUGGCCUGUGUUCAUGAUGAUAACGGCAUUAGAAUACAGCACUUCUAUAACGUUGGCCAGUGGGCCAAAGAGAUCCAGAGAAAUCCUGCCAGAGAUGAAGAAGGGGUGUUUGAAAACAACCGUGUAACCUGCAGAUUCAAACGUCCCGUCAAUGUUCCCAGAGAUGAAACGAUAGUGGAUCUUCAUCUGAGCUGGUAUUAUCUGUUUGCCUGGGGUCCUGCAAUUCAAGGCUCGAUAACUCGGCAUGAUAUAGACUCGCCACCUGUAUCAGAGCGUGUCGUCAGUAUUUACAAGUAUGAAGAUAUUUUUAUGCCAUCGGCUGCCUAUCAGACCUUCUCCUCCCCAUUCUGCCUGCUUCUUAUUGUUGCACUGACUUUUUAUUUAUUGAUGGGAACUCCUUAAUCACAAGAGAUAAAGCCAGCAGACUUUGUGGAUUUGCCAGUCCAGAAUUCUUCAGUUGGAAUGGUUUCUAUCAGGAAUCAAUCUAGCGUCAUCAUCCAGCCUGUUUUCUGACCACUCCCGUGACAUCGGCUUCUUGGGGAAAAGACAGUUUACCCGCUGUGUGGAAGAAAGGUGCCAAAUAGCGACUUGAAAAUAAUCCAGGAUCGUGUGACGGACUGCUCUCCGAGUCAUUAGAUGCCAACCAGCAGGCUACCUAUAUUUUCUAUAAAGGGAUAUUUUAGGUACAAUGAGGAAUCAGUGCUGUCCUCGGAGUGAAGUACUCUCAUUACUCAAAUGGCAACGAUGAUCACCGGUGAUGGUAAAACACAUGAUUUAAUUUCCAGUUGCCUCCCAGCUAGUUAAUAUCGGUAGAAAAAUGUAUUUUUAUGUUGUACGCUUGACAUGGUGAAGUCUAGAACUGCUUCUUGGAUGAAAUGCGUAGUAGCUCGGCUGAUGCAAGUGGCCAGUCUUGUUUUAUGGAAAUUCAGGUUCUCUCAUGUCACCCGAUGUGGGCAGGGAUGGUCUCUCUUUAAUGCUGAAUUGUACUUUCCGAACGCUUAGUACAGUGCUCUAUAAAUACUUUUGAAUGAAUGAAUGGAGACUGUGAACACUCUCCCCACCUUCUCUUUCUAACUUCCCCUUCCGCCCUUGUUCCUAACGUCUCCCCUCACUCUUUUGCUCUCUCUUGUCCAUUUUCUCCCUAUCUUUUCCCUCCUAGCCCGCUCCUUCCCCUCUCAUUUCACGCCUCUCUCACUCUGGACUUUUUGCUUUCUUUCUCAUCUUCCAGAGUUUAUUCCAAUCCUGUGCCCCACCCCAUAAACUCCUCGAGGACAGGGAUCAUGUAUAUAGACUCUAUUUUAUUGUAUUCUCCCAGGCUCUUGGAACAGCGCUCUGCACGUGGUAAAUGUUUAAUAAAUGCCAUCGGUUGAACGAUUCCUUUUCCCCCACCUUUCCUCCACUACCCCCGCCUUCUCCGCUUGAGAAGGAAAGAGGAUUCUGAUUGCUAGUGGAAGAGUCUUGGAAAAAUCUUCCACUGAGUCUUUUCAGGGCUGGAAGAAGUGGUGGGUUCAAGAUCUGGUCAGGGAAGGAGGCGACGAAGGCGGAGUUGGGCCAGAGGUGAACCAUGUACAGAGGUUUGGAUGAAAGGCAAAUCACCUGGCAGGCAGUAAAUUCCAUCGGUUGAUUGGCUGCUUUUUAACCUCUUUGAAAAAACUCUUCUUUAAAUCUCUUUGAAAAAUCUUCUUCCCAAAGUAUUCUGUUGAAAUGUCUCCCUUCUCUGAAUCCCAGGCAUCUCCUAAAUUGUUUUGUUUUUUUACAGUAUCUGUAGCACCGCCCUAAUCACGGGGGGGGGUAGAUUCAAGUUCAUCAGAUCAGGCGCAAUCCCUGCCUCACUUGGGGCUCGGAGUCUACAUAGGAGGGAGAACAGGUCAAUGAAUCCCCAUUUUUACAGAUGAGGUAACUGAGGCCCAGAGAAGCAAAGUA